AGUAAAACAAAGCAAUAAACCCUAAAUAAACCCUAAUAAAACAUGAACUAGAACCUCCUGUUUCUAGAUUCUUCCAUCCUCAUCUUAAAAUUUCCUCCCACUUCACCAAAGUCUCAGCGAUUAGCAUAUCACCAUUUCUCCCUGCUUUCUCCUUUAAUCCCUUCUUCUUUGUCUCUAUCUGUUUCUUCCCUGAUCCCAGCCAUGUUUCGAGUAGCCGCCGCCCUUGCCAAACAAGCCAGUAUCAGCAGCCGUACUAUUGGUGGUAGAUUAAAUUGGACCAGAAACUAUGCUGCUAAGGAAGUCAGAUUUGGUGAAGAUGCCCGAAAAUCAAUGCUUAAGGGUAUUGAAGAACUCGCUGAUGCUGUUAAAGUCACUAUGGGACCUAGAGGGCGUAAUGUGGUGAUUGAGCAAAGUUUUGGUGCUCCUAAAGUGACAAAAGAUGGUGUGACAGUGGCUAAAAGUAUUGAGUUUAAGGAUAGAUUCAAGAAUUUAGGUGCCAGUCUUGUUAAACAAGUUGCCAAUUCUACAAAUGAUGUUGCUGGAGAUGGAACAACAUGUGCUACAGUUCUCACUAGGGCAAUAUUGAUUGAGGGAGUGAGGUCAGUUGGAGUAGGAAUGAAUGCUAUGGACCUUAGAAGAGGUAUGACCAUGGCCGUUGACGCUGUGGUGACUUACCUGAAGAGCAGAGCUAGGAUGAUCAGCACCUCUGAGGAGAUUGCACAGGUGGGUACCAUCUCAGCAAAUGGUGAGAGAGAAAUUGGGGAGUUGAUUGCAAAGGCUAUGGAAAAGGUUGGAAAGGAAGGAGUAAUCACGAUCCAAGAUGGCAAGACAUUGUUCAACGAACUUGAAGUUGUUGAGGGUAUGAAGCUGGACAGAGGUUACAUCUCCCCUUAUUUUAUUACUAACCAGAAGACCCAAAAAUGUGAGUUGGACGACCCACUCAUUUUGAUUCACGAGAAAAAAAUCACCAGUGUCAAUGCUAUUGUGAAAGCCCUCGAACUGGCCCUGAAGAGACAAAAACCAUUGUUGAUUGUCGCUGAAGAUAUUGACAGUGAGGCCUUAGCUACUCUGAUAUUGAAUAAGAUCCGAGCUGGAUUACAGAUAUGCGCUGUCAAAGCUCCUGGCUUCGGAGAGAAUAGGAAAGCCAAUUUACAGGAUCUUGCAACCCUUACUGGUGGAACGGUUAUUACUGAGGAACUUGGCAUGAACAUGGAAAAGCUGGAAUUUGAUAUGCUUGGUUCAUGCAAAAAGAUUACUGUGUCGAAGGACGACACUGUGGUUCUUGAUGGUGCGGGUGAUAAAAAAGCCAUCGAAGAAAGAUGUGAGCAGAUUAGGUCUAGUAUUGAAAUGAGCACAUCCGAUUACGACAAAGAGAAGCUAGGAGAGAGGCUUGCUAAGCUGUCUGGUGGAGUAGCUGUCUUGAAGAUUGGAGGAGCUAGUGAAGCUGAAGUUGGUGAAAAAAAGGAUCGAGUGACUGAUGCUUUAAAUGCCACUAAAGCCGCUGUCGAGGAAGGUAUUGUACCUGGUGGUGGUGUCGCACUUCUUUACGCUUCAAAAGAAUUGGAAAAGCUACCGACAGCCAACUACGAUCAGAAGAUUGGAGUGCAGAUCAUACAGGCCGCAUUGAAGACUCCGGUGUACACAAUUGCUUCAAAUGCGGGAGUGGAGGGAGCUCUUAUUGUUGGCAAACUACUAGAGCAGGAUGACCAUGAUCUUGGCUACGAUGCGGCUAAAGGUGAAUAUGUAAAUAUGGUCAAAUCUGGAAUCAUUGAUCCAUUGAAAGUUAUUAGGACCGCUUUGUCUGAUGCCGCCAGUGUGUCAUCGUUGAUGACAACAACUGAAGCCGUAGUGGUCGAGGCACCCAAAGACGAGAAGGAUGCCACUGCCGCAAUGGGUGGUAUGGGCGGAAUGGACUACUGAAUAAACAUAUAACAUUUUUCUUGAACUUUUGUUCGGUUUUGUUCUUUAGAUUAGGAAGAAAUUGUGUAAAACAUCAUAGUCGGAGAGGAUAUAGUUUGUAGGGAGGCCUCCCGUGCCAAGAAAAAUCCCUUUUUUAAUCGCAUUUGAGAAUGAAAUGAACAUUGAUUAAUUUCUUUGGAUAUCACUCGGUGAUGGAAUGGUGCACUAAUAAAAAGCUAGCAAUAUCAACUGUCGAGCA